AUGGACAUGAACAUCAAAAAGCCAUCGAUGCUGGAAUUUAUGGGCCUGGCCGGCAAUUUCGGACAUCUCAAUCUACGAGACCCCUUCGACGUGAAAAAGCGUGGGUCAACUUAUGUCACUGAGAUUCGGGCAGGAAUCACCACUUUCCUGGCGAUGGCGUACAUCCUUCCAGUGAACAGCGGAAUGCUCAGCUUGGUCAUUCCCGGCAAACGCGAACAGCUCGUGUGUGCCACAGCCCUGGCAUCCUUUUGUGGCUGCUGGUUGAUGGGCAUCCUGUCCAACUACCCCUUCAUGCUUGCACCAGGCAUGGGCACAAAUGCCUUCUUCACCUUCACUAUUUGCCUGGGACGAGGUUUGUCAUACCAAGCAGCCUUCGCAGCAGUCUUCGUGGCUGGCUGCAUCUUCAUCACUUUGAGCAUCACUGGCUUGCGAACUCUGAUGAUUCGGCUCUUCCCUGAGGGUGUCAAGGAGAGUAUUGGCGCUGGGGUCGGCCUGUUCUUGUGCUUCAUUGCAUUCCAGAGCUCUGAAGGUAUGGGGCUGUCUGUGGCAGAUCCGGCCACGUUGGUGACGUUGAACUCCUUGAGUCCCAGCAACUACGAUUCUGCGAAGUUGUGGCUCAGCAUUGCAGUGCUCUGUGUCACUGCAACGUUGUUCGCCGCAAAAGUGCCUGGAGCCCCUUUGAUGGGCAUCCUUUUCGGGACUGCUGUCUGCUGGAUCGAGGGCUUCUGCCGUGGAACCGAGCAUUCCGUCUUUGGCUAUCCGUUCGGAACCAACGGAGACAGGUCAGCAGAAGACUUCAAAAUCUACGUGCCCACCAGCAUCAUUGGCUCGCCCUCCUUGGAUGGUUUGUCUGGAGCACUCUGGGAGGGCUUCGGCGCAGCAAGCGACCCCGCCACCGCUGCAACGUUCUGGACUGCAGUGGCGACCUUCUGCUACACGGAUCUGCUGGACUCCUCCGGAACCUUCUUUGCCGUGGCCAAGGUGGCAGGCCUCACGGAUCGGCGUGGCAACUUGCCCUUGGCGCGGCAAAACAUGGCUUACUUGGCCGAUGCCAUUGCGGCCCUCUUCGGCUCGAUGCUCGGCGUGUCCACCGUGGCCACCUUUGCGGAAUCCACCGCGGGCGUGGCGGAUGGCGCCAAGACAGGCUUGGCAUCCUUGACCACUGGUGUUUGCUUCCUGCUGGCCAUUCCCAUUGCUCCGGUGGUGUCCGCUGUGCCACCGCUGGCGUCGGGGCCCAUCCUGUGUCUGCUGGGCGCGCUGAUGUGCAGCUCUGUUAGGGGUAUCGACUGGGAUGACUUUCAGGAGUCCAUGCCAGCCUUCGUAGCCAUGGUGACGAUGCCUUACACUUUCAGCAUCGGCUAUGGCAUCAUUGCUGGUCUAAUCCUAUGGAUUGCCAUUCAGAUCCUGCUGGCUCCACUUCGCAUCUGCAGAAAGGAAGACCCUUUCGUGAAGUUCAAAGCACUUUGGGCAGGUGUCUUUGUGGAAGGCAUGGAGUCAGACAGUGAGAUUUCCCUCAGCGAGAUGGACACAGAUCUCCCGAGCACUUCAGAGGGGCAGUCUGAACCAUGA